UGACUUUUCUAAUAUUUUGUGUCUCCUCAUGUCAUGUAUUUGUUGACAUGAUAGUCGAUGCUUUUAUUUUGAAAGGGCUUGGAACGGUAAGGUGACUGACGCAAAACGGUAGAAGUAGCGCGGCCGUUGGGGCAGAGAAAGUUGACAUGAACGAGUCGGAGUGAAGGGGAGAUAGUUGGGGUGUGAUUCAGGGUGACAAUCGGUUGGUUGGCGCUUGGUUGAUGAGGGAACAAGCUCUUACGGUGAGUUCACAAUAAAAGGCUGUUCAAUAAAGGACUGUGAACCAUCAGUUUAAGAGACCAUCUUAUUCAACCGGGACGCUACAGUAAGAGCUUGACCCAAGCUGAGAAGAGCUUCACCCCGAGCUAAGAAGAAGUUCAAUCAUUCUCAGCACCAAGGUCCCAGUCAAAGCCACAUUAAGGUUCCAGCUUCAUGGCUCCAAGUAAGGUCUUCUGGGAUUUGAUGGUCAACGGUAUAGCCCUGUCCUCAGCAUGGAAGCAUCUGAAAAGGAAACAGAGUACACAGAGGACCUACCUGUCAACGAGGAAGAGGAGCCUCCAUGCUCUGUUCGUCAAAAGAAGCCCACAGAAAAAAUGCGAACAUAUCAGGAGGAGGAGGCCCACAAAAAGGAAAAACGUCUAAUCAAAGUUUAUGAUCAAUGGAAAAGGCAAGUACGUAUGGCACGAGAGCAAUUAAAAGGAGACAUAACAAACAGUCAAAUUGCUUCACUCAUGGACAUCUUAGAAAAAGAAAGAGAUGGCGUCAUAAACGUAUAUACAGAAAUAAAGGAAAUCAUUACUCCCUGUAGUGACACAAGGCGACUUAUAGAUGCAUGCGAAGCAGUCACCAAUGACAUUAUCAGAGUUGCAUAUGAAAGACUCUCAGGCAUAGAUGACUAUGACAGUGGGAAAGUGAAGGCUCGUCUACGUGAACUUCUUAAUCCAGACUAUGCUCAAUCCAUUUACAGUUCUUCUAUCACAUACUUAAGUAAACGCUCAGACGCCAGUAAUUCAAACUCUGCAAGGUCAGUAGUAGUUGUAAAGAGAGCAGAGGCUGCAGCUGAGUUGGCAGCCAAGGAGGCAGAGUAUGAAGUGUUAUUAGAAGAAGAAAAACAAAGAGAAAGGAUUCAACUUUUGGAGGAAAGACAGAGAAAGGAGCUAGAAUCUCAAAAACGUGAGUUAGAGAGAUUAAAAGCUGAAAAAGAGUUAAAGGCUGCUCGAGCUAGAUUAAUAACUUAUGACCAUGAGAUAAAGAGUGAGAGCAGUGUUCAUGUUGACAGUACCAGAGCAGCUCAGAAGGCUUCCAUAGUUUCUGCUCCCAUUCAAGUCCCUAAAAGCAACAUUGUGUCCACCUCACCUCCACAAGCAGAUGUUCUUUAUUUAGCCCAAGCAUUACAGGACAGUGUUACCAUGAACAGACUGCCAAUGCCCGAGUCUUCCACUUUCACAGGUGACCCAAUAGAGUUCAUCGAGUGGAAAGCUUCAUUUGCUGCACUCAUUGAUAAAAGGAACAUAUCACCUGCAGACAAGCUGUACUACUUAAAGAAAUAUGUAGGGGGUUCAGCUCGACAAACACUUGAUGUCAUCUUCUACAGAAAUGACAGUGAUGCUUACCAGGAUGCAUGGGAACGCCUCAACCAAAGGUGGUAA